UGGGCCGCCUCCUUGGCCCGGGCGACGAGACUGCGUUGGUCGUCCAGGUCAUCGGAGGAAAGCUUGGCCUCCCACGUUUCAGUUGUGUGGAUCUGAGACGGGGCGAAUGCUAGUUUCCGAGAAUGCUGGCGUGUUCGAGUAGGAGCAGGGCAAGGCGACUGAUGACGUUCGAGGAUCCCGAGUGAUGCUGUGAACGGAGGACCGGAGCAAACAGCGAAAACAAAAGGGGGGCGGCCGGCGAAAGAGGCUGAUCCUCCUCCGCUCUCGCCCGCCAUCCUCUUGGCGCAGCCGGCGUCGGUGUGGGGGGUAAAAAAAUACGUCAAAUUGCGGCAGAGUCGGAUCGCGGACGCCGCCGGCGUCGGACGCCCACGAGCACGCGCUGCGCCGUGCUUUGCCCACUCCGCUCGCCAGGGCUGGAUGCUGCCGCCGCUCGCAGCGCCGUGGGUCUACGCGUUCUUCGUCUGCUAGCGGGUGUGCUGCCCGAGUCGUCGUCGGUCGUCGUCUGCUGCUGCCGCCUUCUGCAGCGGUGUGCCGGGGCAGCUGCGGCGUCUGCUUCUGGCGAACGGCCUUCCCUACGAUCGAUCGUGCCUCCCCCGCAAGUCCCCGCAAGUCGUGCCGAUGAUCCCUCGACGUGAUAUGUCGCUCUGUUUUCUUGAUCCACCGCCGCGCUGCCGCUAAUCCCUGCCCGACGCGACGCCUCUGCUGCUGCACCGAGUUGAUCCGUCGAGAGAGUGCUUACCAGAGUGGGUGUGUGUGGGUUUGUGCUUCUUCCGCCCGCGUGCGGUGCGCGUGUGAGUGAAUGUGUGCAGUGGUGUGAAAGUUCCGACGGAAUUCGCCUCGAAGAACCCGGGUUUAGCCGGAGGUGCGGCGUCCGACUUCGUGCGUUGGGUUAUUAAACGCUCUCCCUCGCCGGAACCAUGUGCAUCGCAGUGUCUGUCGGAUGAAUGCGGCUAGCCGGAGCUGCGACGUUUGUGGAGUCGACGGUGUGAAAAAAAAGAAAAGGGGGUUCGUCGCCUAUUUCUUCCGCGCUGUGGAGAAGCCAGAGUUGCAGGAGGUAGAGGGAACGGCUACCACAUGCGGCGGCUCUAUAUUCUGCACGGUGCGUGCAAGUGGCGCUAGAGCGGUGGAUUCGAGGCCCGCUAGGAACGCCAUCGCCGCCCUCGACUCGCCAUCGAUGAGACGCCGGAGCUUCUUCGGAAGGCGUUGACUUCGGGCAAGGAAACACCUUCGACUUGACUGCAAACACUCGUGCUUGGUCCCCGCGUUCGCAUGACGGGCUUCGACAAGACUUCGCGGCCGUUGCGAAACCGAUCCGAGAAGUCGUCGCCACCGGUUCGGCGCUGAGUGCCCUCCGUAAGGGGAGACGCUCUGGCUGCUGUCCCACUCACCAGGCCUCUUCUGGGAUGAGGCGUCUCGGAAGACCAGUGUCGUUGCAAGGGCGGUUCCAGAGGUCGUAGCAGCGCGCUUGGCGCUAAGGAGAGCCUAUCAUCAGGAGUUCAAAACGCCCGCCCUCCGAUCGAGGAGUACUGACAUCAUGGUCUCAUAGUGACGUUGCGCCAUCGGUCGAGACUUGCCGGCGCAAGCCUGCCGGUCAUGCGGCGACGCCGGAACCUCCAGUUGCUCGGCUGGCUCCUGCUGGCCGCCGUGGGGACGCUCGCGCUCCUGGGCGCUCCGCCGUGGCCCUCCGGCGGCGACUACUCGUCCGCGGGUUCAGCGCCGCCCGCGGAGCUGACCCGCCACCCGUUCUGGACGUACGACCCGGCCCUGCGGGAGCCCCGCGACGCCCGCCAGCUGUGCUCGCUGCCCGUGGUGCACCCGCUCCACCCCAGCGUGUGGCCGCACCUCAAGCGCACCGUGCCCAUACAUUGCAAGGUGCGGCAACCCUGGCUGACGUUCGUGGACGUCCGAGGAAACCUGCGUUUCAACUACAGCUCCGGGUACAAGCUCAGUUCCCUGCGCUGCUCGUACAGCCCUGCCGAACGGGACGGAGACGACCGAGUCAAAUACGAAGACCCCGUGCCGUUCACUCGCGACGGCACGCCCCUCGCGCACGACGUGGUCUACGUUUCGUGCCGGAACUACUUCGAGCUACCCAUCUACUCCAACGUCCACGCAGUGCUGCGCAUUCCUAAGAAGGAGCACCCGGGGACUUCGAUGACGUCAUCACCGCCGCGGGACGGCCGUGGUGGCAAAUCAGCGUCGCCGCCGCCGCCCCCGUCCGACACACAGGAUCGUCCGAGUGUCCUAGUGUUUGGCCUCGACUCGAUCUCGAGGCUGUCCAUGAUGCGACUACUGCCAAAGACUUACACGUUCCUCACCGACGUUCUGGGCUCGGUUGUCUUUCGGGGAAUGAACAAGGUCGGCGACAACACCUUUCCCAACCUGGUCGCGCUCUUGACCGGCAUGGAGGCCUACACGCAGCUGAAGCAUCCGGGCCCGAAGGGCGAAACCUUCGACGACGUCCAGUUCAUCUGGGACGACUUCAAACGCGACGGAUACCUGACGCUCUUCGCCGAAGACUUUCCCGAGUAUGGAGUCUUCAACUACCUCGCGCGCGGUUUCAGGGAUCCGCCGACCGAUUUUUAUUUUCGUCCCUACUGCCUCGCCAUGGAGAGCUCGUUCCUGAUGAGGAGCAGCUCGAACCUGUGCUACGGCAACGUUCCCAAGCACAAGCUCCAGAUUGACUACGUCCGGCGGUUCAUCGAAGCCAACAACGGCUCGCAGCCCUACUUCGCCUUCUCGUUCCUCGUCGAGAUAAGCCACGAGUACAUGCAGCAGGUAGCCGCGGCCGACGAAGACAUCGUGCAGUUUCUUACCGAGCUCCGGGAUCGGGGCCAUCUUGACAACACGUUCCUCUUCUUCCUCUCCGACCACGGGCACAGGUUCGACUCGAUCCGCGAGACCUUCGUGGGCAGGCUCGAGGAACGGCUGCCUUUCUUCGCCGUCAGACCGCCUUCCAGGUGGUCACGGCUCAAGCAGGCUUUGCCGACCAGCCACGGCAGUCCCGCCCGGGACUCCGCUUUGGCGGACAAUUCGCUCGCCGAGUCCGCAACGGCCAAAUCUCUGCUCGGUGCGCUGCAGUCGAACGCCGGUCGACUGACGACCCCUUACGACACCUACGAGACCUUCAGGGACAUCCUGUUUCUGGGCCGCGACGGGCGUUUCGCCGACAAACCCAAAUCCGACUUCGGCGUCAGCCUGUUUCGCGAGAUCCCCCUUGGCCGAACGUGCGACCUGGCCCGGGUUCCGGAGCAGUACUGCUCGUGCGACGCCGAGGAGCCGGUGGAGCUGUCCAGCAAGAUCGUCGAGAAGGCGGCGCUGGCGCUCGUCGACAAGGUCAACAGCCUGCUCGAAGCGGGCCUGGGCAACAUUUCGUCCCGUUGUGCUCGCCUCACGAUACGCAGGAUUCAGGACGCGCGGGAGGUGUUCAGCAGCGUCCGAAGCUCGUCCUCCUCGUCGCCGUCCUCGAGCUCUUCGCACCCCGCCACCGCGGCGGGCCGCGCAUCCACCGACGUCCGCCGUGGUUCUGGGGGCGUGCGCAGACUGCGCGUGACGGUGGUCGUGCGACCCAGCGACGCCAUGUUGGAGGGCCUGCUCCUCGUGCGGGAGGACCAGCGGCCCGUGGUCUUCGACGACGUCAGCCGCAUCAACAAGUACGGCCGUCAGUCGUCUUGCAUCGAGCACCAGACGCUGAGGAAGUACUGCUACUGCGUCCAAAAUGAAUAGCCGACGGCGACCUCGAGUACAUUCGAAUGCUGGUUUCGAGGAAGAGGGCGCUUCUCCUAGAGGGCCUAGACACUAGAGAAUCUAGAGACAAAGAUCUUGCCUGUUCAUUUUUUUAAAGUUUACUCGCGAUUAGUAUUCUAUACUACUGACACAUUUCUCGUUUUCGUUUGGUAGUAGUGUGUUUUGUUGAACGUUCCGGUGCCAGAGACGCAAUACUGCCAGCAUGUGUGAUACCUAACCGUUCAUCGCCCGCUCGCAGCGAGUGCAGCUGUUACAUCGUCGCUCAUUGUCAAGAAUUGACGUAUGAAGGGCUUAAGACUCUAUCGAGGCGUUAUUAGAGUUUGCACUUGCCAUAUAUAUAGUAGUUUCAUUAUUCUCAAAUAAUGAGUGAACAUUGACGGGUGCCUCAUCAGUUGUUUGGCGAGUCAUGUUCCAUCUGAAUGAGUGGUGUGAAAUUGCCGCUAACUCAUAGUUUGUUUCGUCAAAGCAGGUACAGUGCGGUGGGAAGACGAGUGACAGAUUUCUAUAAUCGAGACGUGGCAUUUCCGUAGAAAGCUGCCGGAAAAGGGUGUUACACUUGCGAGUCGCUUCAGGAAACAGAGCUAACUGAAUGUAAUUCUGCGUUGAGCUCGGUUUGCUUGCAAUUGCGCUUGGCGCAAGCGCAGUGUCCGCGUGUUUCCCGCCUCUCGUGUGGUAGGUAACUCAAGUAUUCGUGGCGUAGGGGAUUCUAGAAUUUACUGUCCUCGUGCGCAGUUAUUUUCGUGGAGUAGCUUCACUUGGCCGGGCAGUGAAGUAGCCGAAAGCUUUCUGAGGAAGAGGUUUUCGCACAGUUGGAACGUUGCAGUAUUGCCCAAGGGAACAAAACUCAGUACGAGAUCCUUGCGGCAUAAAUUAUUGGAAGAGAAGAUACUUCUAAUUUACUUCAAUCGUGGCAAACCUGAACGUAAUGUUGAUUGGCGCGGAAUCUCAAAAUUCAAUUUCUCGCUUUCGCACCUCUUCCUACAGACAGUUAUAAUGAUGCGUUGUUGAAUUAAUUAGAGACGGUGCUAACGUGCGCUACUAGAUUACUAAUUGCUAGAUUAGGUUGGCUAAAGCAUGGACAGUUCAUUUAUUUAUGACAAGCGGUUCUAAGGUAAGGCUUAGAAAAGAUUUCUGAUCAAUAUGACGGUCGCUUCAUGGAAACACCUGUAAUGUUCUGUGGGUUAUUAUAUCGGGGCUUUUGUCAAUUUGAGCUAAGUAAGCGCCUGUAGCUAAUUUAACACGCACUGUACCUGGCGCGUCUAACAGGAAGCAUAAGUAUAGAAAAACUCGCUCGACGACCGUGUUCUACACCGACGACCGUGCUCUACGCCGAAGAAUUUCUUGCGUUUCGAACGUAGACCUCUUUGUUUAUUUCACUGUGCAGACCUGUUAGCUUUGGCGUGAUAGCGUAGAGGAACACCGCGGUAGGCUCUGGCCACAUGCAUCAAUUCAAUUGAACGGGCUCGAAACAUAAUUACUGAUGGAUCCACAAUGGGACUGCUUCUUGAAGAAGAUCCGGAGCUUGCUCACUGCGUGAGCAAUGUGCCGAUAGGUGUGCCGACUUCGAGCACUGCAGAAGGCAGUGAUAUGUGAAAUGUGUGUGUGCGGGUGUGUUUUUUGUACGUUUGCGAGGAGACUUCAAUACUGACUGCUUCGAUGAACAUUCUCCCAAGUGUUGUUUCGGGUGAAUCGUCUCAUGUCCCUCCGGGACAACUAACUUUUGAUUUCUUUUUGGUCUUUGUUCUGCGAAGAUCGCAGUGUAGUGCAGUGAAUUGCAUCGCGUGUUUGUGUGUCCGUGUGCGCAGUGGUUCAACAAGCGAUAUUGUCUUUCGGCUUGUGGAUCGCUGGCGAUCCCGAACAUUGUCAACUUCGUUGUCUCUGCUUCACGGUGUCUUGUCCGUUUACCUACAAUGCUGACAGGCAUCAGUAGUUGGAACGACGUUUUCCUUUCCUGAGUGUCUGUCUUGUAGGUGUGAAGCCCAUAACUUAAAUCAAUUUGUGUGGAGAAACCAACGCGUGGCGACAUUCGUUGCCCGUUUUCCACGCCUCUUGGAAUGUGUGAAUUUGUUGGAAACCUUUUGAGUUCUUGCUUUGCUUGGCAGGCCCGCUUUUCUUUUCGUAGGCCUGCUUCGUUCUGCGUGCUAAGCUUGCAUAUUACUGUUUCCGUUCGCGAGCCGUUUGUCGUGACUACGUCACUAAGACGUGCAUUCAUUUGCCCACGACAUAUAAUGUGUGCACUUGGGAGGCAGCGUGGGCGUCGACAUAAUGCUGCCACGUGACUAUUCUCCAGCGAGUUCAUUUCGCGAUCCGGUCAUGAGUUAUCAAGCAAAACCUUCUUUGAUUCCGUUUUGCAGAAAGUGUUUUGGCAUGUUCUCUUUAAACUGAAAAGCACUAUAUUAUUGUCUCCCGUUACGUGGCGUGCCACAUCGUAGAAGUGACGCAGGAAGUGAAAAAACAAAAGACAAACAAACUCUGAAAGAGCAGUUACUACACAUGGCUCCUUCUCUGUUUUUUUUCCAAGAGUGAAACUGUUAGUUCUUCGGCACAGUGUUUUAGGUGCCCGCAACGCCUUGAAACCGCAGUUACUAGUCAUCAUCAGGGUCUCCCGUUUCUGCUCAAAGCACAAGCUACCGCCUUUGACAAAUCCUCGACGUGUUCAAGCUUAGCGUGUGCAAAAUAUAGUUUUUACGACAACCCACUCUGAACCUCGUUGACCACAAUGCCUCGCGAAGACACUAAGACGUCCUGGUAGAGACGUUACAUGCCUCUCUAACCUCUACAGACGCUCCGGUUUUUUCUGGCCCGUUUAAUCGAGCGAGCCACUGCAUUUUUCUUGGUGGGGGUCAGACUACAUCUGGCCUGGCUUUCUCUUUAGCGUUAGGUGUCCGCAACGAAUAAAUGUCCGAUUCCUUGGGUCGUGGGUCCUUCCGACUGCGGAACGUUGCGCUUUCGGCAGCAGUUAACCGAUGGCUACAGUGUUCGUGUUCCACAGAUGUGUGCAAGCGCUCGCUUAGUUGGUUGACGGCUUGAGGUGCGGCAUUGGACAAGUUGGCAAAGUGGGCACUUUGGACGGCUAGUGACACAGCACUGCGUGGUGUGUGUGUUUGUGUGUGUAUGUGUGCGUGCGUGCGUGCGUGCGUGUGUGUGUGUGUGUGUGUGUGUGCGUGUGCGUGUGCGUGUGCGUGUGCGUGUGCGUGUGUGUGUGUGUGUGUGUGUGUGUGUGUGUGUGUGUGUGUGUGUGUGUGUGUGUGUGUGUGUGUGUGUGUUUUCAGUCGGCUUUCGUUUUCUGCUCCGUUUACCUUCUGAAGCCACGUUCCAACGUUGACGUGUCAAUAUCAAAUAUUCUUUAGAGUUAACGCAAGUAGGGUGGUAAGGGGAUUCGCCGAUCAUUGUACCGUGUCCUUCAGCGGAAGGCCUAGCAAACGAAAGGUCUGCUCGCAAUUCUACCUGCUUGAGCAGCGACGCAUGAACGGGAACGCGCUUGAUCGAGACCGACCGUAACCGGAAACGGACCGCUGCUUAUCUUGGACCUUGGCUGCACGCGCCUUGAAUGCAAUGAUUCUGCGGGUCGCUAGUUCGAUGCUCGAAGUAGUGAGACAUUUCGUGUCACUGUCACUUAACACGCGCCGAAUGCAAAUGAAAGGCAGACUCGCCAGUGGCACAGAGUUUCGUACAGCGUUCACUAGUGGGAAAUUUGGCGCUGAAAUCGGUAAACAACCAUGGGAAUCACACGUCAAUUCUUCCUCGAUUUGGAACUGGUUCGUUUAAAAGGCAUAGUGACGGUUAAUUUAUUCCUCUAGUUUCGCUAGGACGGUUGGGUGCUGACGCACAUUUUUUAAAAAACAGCUGAGUGCUUUAUAUCACAACUAUCUUCAGGUCGUAAUGUACAGGGCAUAAAUACGCCGGGGCACCUUUAGAGUGUGAGUUGUGCUAAAUCUAUAUGGCAUUUGCGUAUGAACGCUCAACGUAGGUGAAUAUUCUUCGACUCUUGGGCUGCUUUAUUCGUGACGUUCAGAACUUAAUAAGCUUGUAGAAAUCCGACGCUAAAUAAGACUUGUCAUAGCGAUACAAAAUUGAUGCGAUUAGAUGAAGUUAGGAAACCGGGAUUGGGUUCAAAGCCAAAAUGCGGAUGUUUAGACAAAUAUGUGGAAAGCUCAUCAUUGUCAUCGUGAAUGACACUCUGUACUUACGACCCUGUAGGCACUGCCGCCAGUUUUGCUUUGGCAUGGUUGCCUUUCCCUCUAACUCGCAGUCCUCGGGGUAAAGCUGGCUGUACGGCUUGACGGCGUAACCAGCGUAGCACAAAUUGCGCGUCCACGUUGUUGAGGAGCGUCGCUCCAUAACACGGCUUCUAUCGUUUCGGAUACGUUGGGGGGGGGGGGGGCAGGGGCGGUGCGAUGCAGUCGGGAUGGUAAGACGUGGGAUGCCUAUUCCUAGCCUCUGAGUAUGUUAUAAAUACCACAAAACGUUUCUUUUUUUUUUCACCGGAUACAAUAUGCGUCAAACUUGAGCUGAUAUUAUUGGCUUUUCUUUGAACAAAAAAUAUUACGGCGUCAAAUGUGUCGUUUUUUUGCUGAUUUAGGCUUGCUUGAGAAAUGUGCCUCAGCAACGCAACCAUUUUUUUUUUCAAGCAUGGCAUCGCGAAGUGCCUCUAAACGAAGCGAUCGAGCAUGGCUUCCCGAGUAUUUUCUUCCUUUCAUUUUUUUUUUCGCGGAACGUAAACGUUUGCUGCAGGAUAUCGAACGUUUGACCCAGUUACCAGGUAACGUGGUUUUGACUGCUCUCUCGGGAAGGCGACUGGGAAAGACGGCUCUCGCGAGGCUUAAACAAUUUCAGCCCAGUGGGUUCGAGGUCCUUUAUGUUUUUCAGACUUUCCUCUGGUGUGAAAAACUAACGAACGCCGGAUUGAGAUAUUGGAUUUGCCGCGUACCACCGGUCGAAAGAAACUUCAUCUCUCUGACAAACGGCCUUCCAUAAAAGUAGACCGGAUGCCGGCCCUUGCGGGAGUGAAACGAAAUAAUGCGCGAUUGCCAGGUUUGACCGAGAACGGGCGGAGGAGGCAUUGGAUUGGGGUGCCGCAAAUUGCGUUUCCGUCAACCGAACGCAAACAGAUGUGUGGACGCCUUUGCCGUCGAUGGAGCCUGUCGAGCAGCUUAUUAGGUUAGCCACUGCAAAGAAAGCUUGUGCGAAUGGCUGUUGUCUAGCUUCUAAAUUGCACGAAAGGUUAGAGUAAACGGUAAAUUUAUGGUCGUUCGAAAGUUUCAACUGGUACACUCCACGGAAGUGUGUGCGCAGCGAUUAUCACUCUGCCGAGUUCUCUCGCAUGGAUGCACGGCUGCCUCAUUCUAGAAAAAAUGAGUUUGGUCAACAGUGUUCGUAUUUUGGCCGUGAAAGCUGUAUUAAGGUUUUGUGAUUGACAGUUUUUUGCACCGAACAACGCAGAUAUGGUUUUGCAUCCGUAGCAAAAAAUACAAAUGAAAAAAAAAGUAAGGAAAGUGAACGCUUGAUUCUAAGAACGUGAUACCGUAAUGCGUAUCGACGUGCAAAAUGCCUCUGCUAGGAAAUUCGAAAACGUUGGAAAACGAGCUCUUGUAGAAUCUCGAAACAAUGAAACUGUCGAAAAAUACUUGGGAGAAAUGAGGAAGAGUGCUUAGCAAGAAGUGUCGUUAGAAGUCACAUUAGAAUGUAUUACCCAAAAAUGCAGCCACCCACACGUAUGUUUUAUUCGCAUUUCUUUAGAUUGCCGCGAGUGUCGGGAAUUACGCAUGGCGAGGCCCGAUUACACAGUGUGACGCGGAGUUGUAGGCGCACGAUAUAAAAUUUCAGUGCAGUCAAUUGAAUCCAAUUAAAUACAAAACUGCCUACUUGUUAAUGGAAUGCUGUGGUUACCUCGAUAGACACUUGCAGGCUGGCCUUACGGCAGUUAUACGAUCUAUCAUUGGAAGCCUGAAAAUCGAUGUGCGUUAUUUAUCAGUUUCAUUUCGGCAGACCCUCUGCAUCCGUGACAGGGCAGUAAUGCAUAUGUGUGCCAGGUUUUCGUGUCUUCAUUGCCACGGCGAUGUCCUUGGUGCUACACUUGGCUUCCGGAAAGCAUAAAAGUGGCAGUAAGGCACGAAUUAGACAGCACGGGAAGUUAAGAAUUUGGAUCCGAGAACAGAAUUGGAUAGGAGAUAGGAAAUAUUGCUGACAUUAGUAUGGUAAUCGAAAGAAAACGAAUAAAUCAACCAAGGGAAUCGGAAAGACGCAAGCAACUGCCUCCAGGAAGCAUAAGGAAGUUCACAGCAAAUGAAGAUGGAGCUUAGGAAUCAAAAGAAAACGAGGAAGCCAAAGAAAAGAACGUCAGCAUGGUGACCGUAAUAACACUACGAGCUUCAAGGUACAAGCGCCGGGCGCUGUAAACUAAGCGUAGCGUUUGCCACGUCGCAGAGGCCUCAUUGCAUCGUUCUGUGCCCAAACAAGUAGCCCUCGCUUUCCAGAUCGUAUUUAAUCACGCAAGCAGAAUGUCGCCUAAAUGACGAAUCAUCAGAGCCUCAUCUAUACAAGUGACGCUUGCAGAGCCUCCCCGCAUAUUUCGCUACUUUGCAUACUCACCACCGCUCCUUUCUUCACUCAGUAGCUCUGUAGUUAAACAUAAUUAUGUACUCAUCUACAUACGUGAAGGUGUACACAGAAAUAGUAUAUAUAUACCCAGGUUGAACCUUAUAUACAUACCCAGAAUGUAGGCAGCGUGUUUUUUAACUGCAGAAGUUAUUUUGAGAGGAGCCCUGGCAUUUUGCUGCUGUUUCGGGGGUCCCGUAUAACUGCCACGAACAAUCACCUGUGACGAGUUCAUCGCAUUUCUUCUACACCUAGGUUAGAACACGAGGUUCUCGGAGUAUCAAAUGGACGCAAGCAAAAGAAGCAGCACAACAAAGUCGGUCGGUCUGCUGAGUUACGUGUUUUUACUGAGAUGAUUUUUUUUUCUCCUGAAAAAUGUUCAAUAAGAAGAUUGUACAGAAAGAAAGGAAGUUGCAUCUAAGAACGAAGUGGACUAUAAAGUUAGGGUUGGGGUGAUGUGAAUUACUACUGACAACUAAAAACACAGUCCAGUGUUGACUACUGCGAACGAUUUUGUUUAAAGUAGGUUCGAGGGCUUCGUCUUCACCCUGCACUCAGGAGCGCUCGUGAGGACAGGGAACCGUGAUGUUGGGGCACCGGAAUUGGCGCUGGAUGUGCCAUAUUUUAUGUUUGGGAAAGGAUCAUGGGAUGCUGUAAGCGUUGCCACAGUCCUCAAGCUAUAGCGAACAAGAACGCUUUUCCACGUACCCAGCGACCAUUGGAGAAGAUGUUGUUAGAAUUAGAGAAACAUUUCUUUUGUAAACGAAAUUAACUGGGGUUGACAAAAUACCGCCACACCAGACCAAAACGACUGGUUGCAGGCCUCUCUGUGUGAGGCACCAGUAAAACUUCUGAAGCGUAGAGGAAAACCAUUAGAAAACAAUAUACGCUUCAUGGAUGGAAGGUUGGCUAGGCAGGGCGAUAGGGACCACCAAGAAAACAAAUACCGAGAUAUAAUAAACACUGUGAUUAUGGACCGUACCUGUAGCUUCUGAUCGGAAUUGGUAUGCGUGGCUUGCUUGCGGAGUGGUGGUUUCCCGGUGCUCCACAUUGCAUGUUCGAUUGGCUCAAAUUGGCUCAAAGGAAGCAUCACACCACAUUUUACUGGCUAAAAAUAUAAAACAUAACUGAAUUUGAUUGUAUGAAAAAGGAAAAAGUAUAAUGCCGUCUAAACUACACAGGUUAAAAAUUACGGCAUUACUAGUUGCCGUUAAUUAAGUGGCACGAAAGACCAGCCGACUGCGUUAUGACGGCGGUUAAAGUGUGAGCUCAUUACCUUCCUUUAUUGUUUGGCAGGCGCUCCAGGUGAACAUGCUUUAAAAUGUGGGGAAAUAUACUUUUUCGCCUGAAGCAUCGUCUCUUCGUUGAUGCAGUGUCAUUUAUGAGAGCAAAAUAAUUAUAUUGCACAAUAUUUCUUAGAAUUGAAUGUUCUAAAUUUGCAUUGGCUGUCCUAAUUUGUUGGAAGCUAGAAGUCAAUAUCGGACCAUCACGGACAUCAAAUAUUUGUAAGUCUGUAAGGCUGCUUCCUUGCCCGGUUCCUUCAGUAUUUGUGUGUUCGCUGUCUAGAAAGCGACAGUAUAUGCCGAGAAGUGUUAGAAAGAUGCUGAAAGAUGCACUUUGGGCGAUUACAGAAUCGAGGAAGGAUGGAUACAUAAUACUUCCGAAUUCGUUCGUUGUAAAGAAUCGCUACCUGAGUCUGCCACGUCAUACCAUUCUUUAUAAAUGUGCACCUUCCUAGAGGAUGACACGAAUCAACAGAAGCGCGGAUAAGUAAGAAAAUGGCGUGCCAAUGUGUAUAUGACAACAGACUCGAGUACACGUAAAACCUAGCCUAAGAACAUGUGCUUUCCUGACCAACCGUAACUUUUUGGCAUACGGCACUGCGUUCGAUGUUCCAUGGCUAAAGUCCUCACACGUUGGUGGAGUCGUAAACCACAAAGGACACAAUAUGCACCGUUAUUCACACGUUUCGGCGUGGUUUAAUUUCGGUGGAGCUCGUAGUUUGCUGCUGAGGAGAGCGAACUUCUAUUGCUGAAUUCCCUAGCGAACGUUGUGCUGGAAGCAAAGCUCCGCUAAUAUUUACGAUUUUGCACACGCCCCCUUGGGAAAAACAAACAAACAAACAAACAAACAAACAAACAAACAAACAAACAAACAAACAAACAAACAAACAAACAAACAAACAAACAAACAAACAAACAGCAGUGGCGUUGUUAGAGAUGCUUGUUGCUCUACACGCUUCAGUGCAGGAUUGCGCUUUCUGCUGUCGCAUCUUGAUGGCAUGGUCGAAUAUUUUCAAUAAGGUGUUGCAAUGCGAGCUUAACAGAUGCAUAAAAGCAUUUUUGCCUUUACAAUGCUUACAUUCUAACCGUGACGUUAACAAGAUUGCACCCAGCUAUUUGAAGCCGACAUAAAGGAACGUUCAGAGUACAACAGAAAUUCUGGUGAUGAGCCUGUCGUGUAUUUUUUUUUUCGUGAAGAGAAGAUUCUUUUUGCCCAAACUAAUAGAUCUAUGAAAGCCGACCUCAGAAAAAACCUUGAAAAUCUGGCCGCUUCCACAGAAGCGAUCUUGUUGUGACGGUACGAUGUAUUUCAUGGCAGGUAUUUCUUAAUACGACAUAAACUCUUGCCUUGGCGACAGCUGAACGCCUGUGUUAUGCCCUUAGAGAAAAGAGUUCUCUCGUUACAAAAAAAAAAAGUGUUUUCUGUUGCGUUUUUCGACUGGCUAACUAUUACGCACUCACCGACAUGGUUUGUCUCCAUUGAUUAAAAAAAAAGCUGCACCCACGUGCUUGGCGUGUAACGACCUAACGUACAGUAUGAGUGAGCUGCAAUAUCGUGCAUUGAUACGAUACCACCAAAUAACCAAAUAAAAGCUCUCCUGCACACAACCUGAAAAUGCAACAGCGAAUAUGAAACCGAUGGUGACAUAACCAGCUACGGAUUGUUGCUUCACACUAAUUAAGCUUCGUCGCAAAAUUUACAUCAAUUAAAGAAACUGAAGUUUAGAACCAAUGCAUGAUGUGACAGUGCGGACAUGGGUGCGAUCUUGUACGCGUUCCAAAAUCGAACGGAGGCGGUCUGUUCUGUACGUCACGAAAUAGGUGGUCCGUUCCAUUGCGUUCGUCCGAUAGGAGACGACAAGGAAUGAUUGGCCGCAGAUAUCACGUCACAAUUGACUUCAUGGCGUCCGUUACGGUUCAAAUUGACCAAUCGUGUGCCGCUCGGUAGAAUGGACCGCCUCCGUUCUAAUUUGGAACGCGUACAAGAUCGCACCCAUGAAGUCUGAAACGUCAGCGGAUGCGAAGGUGAAAUGCUCCAGCUGUGCUGCUUAUUUAUGGCUGCAAUGUUUGGAAUGGUUAGCCGAGCGUGUGGCCAAUCAAUAUUUUCAGUGACGUCACGGCAGCGUUACGUAACACGUCGAUGUGCCUGUUCGCCGUGCUUUGCGUCGAAAUGGUUUUUCUCGAGAUUGUCGCCACUUGUUCGUGGCUGUCGCUCUGGUCGCGCCCUACGCGGACGUCGCUCUGUUCCCACAAUUUUCGCGGUUCCUCCCUUGGACAUAUAUACGACCUAUGCAACGCCGAACAGCAAUAUGUGUAUGCCAAUAUUGUGCUCAAUAAAAGCACCCUUAUAUUCCUUA